AUGGAUGCCAUUGCCUCAAAAUAUACACACAAAAUAAGCUCUUUGAGCGCAUUGGGAUAUGAUGAUGAAGAUGCGUUGAAACAUGAUUUUGUCAAUAAUGUCAACUUACCUUUACAACCUUCACUAUCUAUGCCACCAAUUUCACAACCAACUGACUUCUUAAGAGCACAUACUGAUGAUUCUCAAAACCCAGAUUGUAAAAUCAAAAUUGCACAUGGUACAACCACUUUAGCAUUCAGAUUUCAAGGUGGUAUUGUUGUUGCAGUUGAUUCAAGAGCUACUGCUGGUAAUUGGAUUGCAUCUCAAACAGUUAAAAAAGUUAUUGAAAUUAAUCCAUUUUUAUUAGGUACCAUGGCUGGUGGUGCUGCUGACUGUCAAUAUUGGGAAACUUGGUUAGGUACACAAUGUAGAUUACAUGAAUUGAGGGAGAAAUCAAGAAUAUCAGUUGCAGCAGCUUCAAAAAUUUUAUCAAACCUAGUAUACCAAUAUAAAGGUAUGGGUCUAUCAAUGGGUACCAUGGUUUGUGGUUAUACCAAGAAAGAAGGACCAACUAUAUAUUAUGUUGAUAGUGAUGGUACAAGAUUGAAAGGUGAUGUUUUCUGUGUUGGUUCUGGUCAAACUUUUGCUUAUGGUGUUUUAGAUUCAAAUUUGAAAUGGGAUUUAACAGUGGAGGAAGCUCUAUACUUGGGUAAACGUUCAAUUUUGGCUGCUGCUCAUAGAGAUGCUUUCUCUGGUGGUUCCAUUAACUUAUACCAUAUCACUGAAGAUGGUUGGGUUUUCCAUGGUAACCAUGAUGUUGGACCAACUUUCUACGAAAUUAAAGAACAAGAAGGUUCUUUCAAUAAUGUCGUCGGUUAG